GGAGGAGGAAACAGAAAAAAAAACACACACACACACACACAAAACUUCAGAUGCAGCUCAUCAGACUUCGCAACACACCGGUAGAAAAAGAUCUCAGAGUAUCAGGACUUGAGCAGGCAGUUGUGUCUUUUUGCUCGCUGUAACAGGAAAAGUCACUUCCUAAUGUGCUCAGCUGUCUAAGGAAGCAUUUCCUGUGCAGGAGGAGGAGAUUGUGCACGCAGUCAGACAACUUGUUGCAAGGCAAUUCAGUCAAAGUUGCUGUCCCCUUCAAUCUUUCUCACGGACAUUUCCUCACAUGCUUCUGAGGCCCGAGUCAAUGAGAAUGGCAUCUAAUGCAACUGAAGGCAUAACGGCGGAGCUCGAAAAUGUGGGUGCAAGCCAAGCCACCGGGGGAGCCAUUGAUGACUCAGACAGCAGCACUGUGAUAAUUGGUGUCGUCAUUGUUGCGGUAGUCCUGGUCAUCAUCUGCCUGUUCUUCGUGCUCCUUCGCUACAUGUACAAACACAAGGGCACCUACCACACCAACGAGGCCAAAGGCAGCGAAUUCGCCGAGACGGCAGACGCAGCUCUACAGGGAGAUCCGGCUCUUCAAGACGCCAUGGACGAAAGCAAGAAGGAGUAUUUCAUCUGAGUCCUAGAGAGACUGAAUUCAAAGCCAUAGCUUAAAAUGGUUUUCAACCUGAACAAAUUUUACAUUUUGAUGAGACUCCCAUCUGAUCAAAGUUGGUCACAUGGUUGAGUUCACCGCCAAAGCUUAUACACUCUUAUAUUCAUUAUUAUGGAACAUACAGAAAUUUAGAGAAGACAUUGGGUAAAUAUUUUGCCUAGCAAACCGGAUUCGGAGGAAUAGGUCACCCAAGGAUGUUAAACUGAAAGUACACAUCUAUUGGUUGAGAAAAUCACAAAGAGAAAUUCUGAAACAAAUCAGCAGGUAAAUGAAGGCAGAGAUGGAAUAUGAAAUGACUAUCAAAUAGCCAAAGAGAAGAAAUGGCAGGAAGUGACUAUAAUGCUGUGGACAAAAGAGGUGUCGUAUCUUUUGCAUGCAAAUAAGAUGAAAUCUUUAGAUGUGUUCCAGCUUAUUGCUGACAAUCAGUGUUGUUUAACUAUGCAUUCGCUAAGGAGCCAGACAGUGACACAUUGAUUGUAUAUAUUAUUGCUUUUUUUUUUUUUAUUUUGUACACCAGCAUGCUGGAUUAUGAAAUGAAAUAGUAACUUUGAGGUUAAAGCGCACAAAGCCAUCUUUUAAUUAAAGUUUAUAGUCCUUCUAUUUCCAUAAACAUAACUGAGCAAAUUAACAUAAUCCUAAAUGAGACCUACUUGGUACUUGGUUUUAAGACUUUUGCAAUUCACUGCUUGAAAUCUGCGAUGCUUGGGCAUGACCAGGUGCUUUAUAUAUUCCUUUCCUCUGGGUAUAUGCACUGCCCAGGCCUGAAAUGUAGCUAUUUUUGAUUACAGCUCGAAAUGCAUGCUCAGUGGGCCCUGAAAAAGUUAAGUGAAUGCCAUUUACUGAGUGUCGAAGCAUUUUGGUUGGACCCGGGCAGUUAGGAUGCUUCGGUUCACUUCAAAAUUCAUCCUGCUGCUGUUGUCACCUGUCACAUCAGCCAAACACGGUUGGCAACCAAACAUGUCCGAUCUGAACCGUGACACCACCUCCAGCAUGUUUUACAGAUGAGGUUGUGUGCCAUGGAUCAUAAAGUGUCUGUUCCUUCACGCUUUCCUCAUUCCAUCACUCUUCUGCAGAUUCAUUUUCACCUCAAAUGUGCAUAAGCCCCCGUCCUAUAAUUCGCUGACCACCUGAAUUUUAACUUCAUAGUUUUUGUUACAUUUCAAAUCUAGUGUGCUGGACAACAGAGAGUUAAACACACACACACACACACACACUAAUUAUAUCUACAUUUACAGUAAGUGGAAGUCUUAAUAACAGAGAUUCAGGUACUGGUUAUUUUGGACUCUUGAACAAAUUCAUUUAUAACUGUUCAAUCAAAAUGCAAUAUAGAACAUGAAAAAAACCUGUGAUGUGAUUGGAAAAGCUUAGAAAUGAUAGUGGGGCCAUAUACAGGGUCUAGUUUCUCGUUUAACCCUUUAAGCCCCUGGAGCUAUCUGUGCAUCCUGACGUACUGCUUACUCUUAUAACUGCAUACCUGUUCCAUUAGUUGCACUGUACUUACUGAAUCAUUUAUAGUAGCUACUGAAUAAUGUGCUUUAAUAUGAGCCAAAUAAUAAGCCAGCUUUUAUAAAUGGCAAGAUUUUUAUUAAACAAGCUAUUGGCAAAGCUUUUUUGUGGGCAAAAUGAAAGCUACACAUCUGUCUUACUACCAGUGUUUUAUUACCUUGAUAUUAGUUAAUAUUGUAAGUGUUAGAAGACCAUUUGUGCCUUUAAGCAUUAGAAAUAUCCAGAUCAGUGAUCACUGGGUAACUGGGAUCAAGAUUAAUGAAGGGAUAAGAAAAGGAUGUGUAAUGAAGCAUACAAAGACUGUGAAAACUACCACAUAUACAGAUAGAUAGAUAGAUAGAUAGAUAGAUAGAUAGAAACUUCACUGAUCCCAAGGGAUACUGCAGUGUUAUAGUUGUGGUAAAAAGACAAACAUUCACAGAUAGCCAUAAAUAUAGUAAGACAGCACAGUGCAAAGUGCAAAAACAUUGAAUGCAAAUCUAUAAUAAUAAUAAUAAUAAUAAUAAUAAUAAUAAUAAUAGUGCAAAUGUGCUCUAGUCCUGGUUCUGUCUUGACAGUAAGGUGACUCAAAGGUGACAAUAUGCAGUGCAGGUGAGAAUGACUUUCCUUUUUUUUUUUUUUUUUCAACCUUACCUUUAAGUUAAUUUCAAACUGACCUCCACAUGCCUCCAGUCACAAAGGAUUAGCCUAGUCACGAUGAAUGCCAUGUGACUCUGAUGUUUUUCAUGUGGAUCUUAACCAAAUAAAAAUGUGCAUGCAUAAUGCAUAAUCGUUACUGAUGCAUUACAAUGUGACUGAGUAGCCCUCCACUCCAACCCUCCUCACAGUGCAGUUAUACUCCUGUCCCUACAGUAAAACUGUACUCAAAAGCAAACCUAGCAAGUCACAGAUUUCUGUGAUUAAUUAAUAGCCUCAAGGAUACAGUUGGAAAAUAAGCCCAAAGCUCCAAAUCACACAUAACCUUCUAACCUUCUCAUACGAAUUUCCAUAAUUAACAGAAACUUGCCCAAGGUUUUCUUUUUCUUUUUUUUUUAUUUUAUGGAAAACAUGAAGAAGGCCUGCGCUGCUGUUGGGUAGCAGGCAGGUUAUACUGUUAGAACCAAAGUUGACACUUUAACAAUUACUCUUGCCAAAACAGCAACGUGAUGAAGAAGCAGAUAGUCUGUGCUUGAAAAUAAAAUAUAUUUUUCUUCCAUCUA